GUACCUCCCACAUAUUGAAGCUAGCUGCUCAUUGGGGAGUUGAAGUCGCAAAGUGUACUACUAUAAAGGCUAAGUAAUAAAGUUUAGCUAUAAUUUAUAGGAGAGAACGCACUACGUAAGCGCUGGGAAAGAUGUCGAGUACUGCAAAAGAUAGUGUAACAGCAGAGAGGAUAAUAGAAGACUAUGCCAAGUCUUCGCCACUCAACUACGGUGCUUGGGCCGACCAGACAGACUUUAAACCAGAGGUAAAGAGGCUCUGCAGUGCCCACAAGGAAAACAGCAGAAAUCCGCAUUUUGAGUUUUCCUCCAGUUUUAGCCGACGCUCUGCCAAAGUGAUCAUCAUUGGUGCUCCUGGAGUGGGGAAAACAUCACUCGUACUCAGAUACUGUCGGGACAUUUUCGAGAGGAACUACAAGACAACCAUAGGUGUGGACUUUGAGGUUGAGAAGUACAAGAUCCUUGGAGUCCCCUUCCACAUGCAGAUCUGGGACACGGCUGGAGCUGAUAGAUUUAAAGGAGUGACAACCGCUUAUUUCAGAGGGGCCCAAGUGGUUGUGGUAGCGUUUGACCUGACGAGUAUCGAUUCUUUGUACAGAACAGAAGAGUGGCUACAAGAAGCACAAGAGCAUUGCAAUGUUAACAACUUCGAAGUGUUUCUCAUUGCAACCAAGAGAGAUCUCGUGUCUGACUGGGCAUGCUCGGAAAUGGAGAAGAAAGCGGAGGAAUUUGCCGACAAGUACGGGGCGGAGUAUUGGAGCACCAGCUCUCGGACAGGGGAGAAUAUUGAAGAGGUGUUCACUCGUAUAUCCGUGGUAGCAUUUGAGAGUGUUCUCAUGAGAGAGAUCAAGAUAACAGCAUCGACAGCUGAGAAUGGACAGCGUCAGUUGGAGUCAUCAUCGUCCCUCAUCAAGCUAAAGAAACCGACUGAAUUGUCAAGUAAGAAAAAAAAGAACUGUUGCUCAAGAUAAACCAAUCUUAUUGCAGACAAGCUUUCAAAUAAUCACCAUGCUGUGUAUGUAUAUAUAUAAUUAUAUAUACUAUAACAUUUUUACACCAAUUUUUUUUACAAUUAAUUUUUUGCAUAUAAUUUAUUACAAUUUUUUAUAGCAUGCAACUCUCCAUUAUUAUUAUUAUGCUUUAAUUCCACCACGAGUACGUUGAAUGCAGUCGUGACAAUUUUUUUAUUGAAUUCAUAUAAUUAUGGUAGACAA